UGUUCAUGAUUACAAAAUGGCGCUGUCCAUCGUUUGAAUUCGUCUGCUUUUUUGCAACGUCAUCUAAAGUUGUUCCUUUGCUUUAAAAUAUUUUAUACGGGUGAUAUUGAUCGGUCAAAAGUAUACUUAAUAUAUUGUGUUAUACUACAAAAAUGUUAGGGGUAAAUAUGGUGGCAGUGUUCUUGUAUUUAUGUGUGACGUUUACAUUGUCGGUGUUGACAACUCUUGCCUUUAAUCCGUUUAUGGACGGUGAUCUUCACUCCAUUGAUUGGGCCGGUUCUAAAUCCAUGGACCAGAUCGAAGGCCAUGAUAAUGUUGUUAUCAUGAAAACAGCAGCAAAUGAGAAGUACAAAUGUGUUCUCCCUGAUAUCAAAGAUUCUGAAGAUGAUUCAGCGAAGAAGAAUUAUGCUGGUCCUUCACCAGAUGAGCUGAUGGAGUCUCUGUUUCAACAGAAAAGUUGUUCAUACAGGAUUGAAAGUUACUGGACAUAUGAACUGUGUCACGGUAAACACUUGAAACAGUAUCACGAAGAUAAAGAACUCAGUAAUAAAAAAAAUCCCCCUCAGGAGUAUUUCCUAGGAUUCGCUAAGCGAGGUUCAAAAGCGAAAACAUCAGAGGGGGAACAAAUAGAAGAAGUUAAAAAACCUACAGAGAUUAAGAUCAAGAAAAUAGACAAUAUUGAUCUACCAUAUUUUGAAGUGAAUAUGACAGAUGGGACCACAUGUGACUUGACACAACAGCCGAGGAAGUGUCGAUUUCUGUAUGUGUGUCAGCCUGAAGGUCGAGGAGAGAUCUACGAGUUUAAGGAAACCUCCACCUGUGAAUAUGAGAUUGUGGUCCUCACUGCAGUGCUAUGUUCUAAUCCAUUGUUUAAACCAAAAAAUGCACCGGUGUCUAAGAUAGCAUGCCAUGCUGUUGACGGCUCCCCCGAUAAGCCGACAGUAUUGAAACAGUGGGACAGAGAGGAGAAUAAUUACAAAGCUCAACCAAGUAAAGACAAAUUUGUGAUAAAGCCUGGAGAUAUUCAGGUUGAGGAUGUGCAACCAGCCUCCCAUGAGACCCCACAGCAGGCCCCAAAGGUCUCGGUCCCAGACACGACACUCGGAGAUACAACUGACAAACAGGUCCUCAGGGACUUUCUCUCUGGCAGUCAUUGCUUACAAGGGGGCUCUGGUUGGUGGAAACAUGAAUUAUGUUAUGGAAAAUAUGUUAAACAAUUCCAUGAGGAUUCAAAUGGAAGAACUGAGGUUUUCCUUGGCUAUUGGAAUGAGCAAAAACAUUUAGAAUGGUUAACAAAUCACCCUACCAAGAGACCAUCAGAAAUAGGAAAAAGAAAGUUUUUAAAUUAUCUCUAUGUAGAUGGAGAAGUAUGCGACGUGACAGGUAGAAAAAGACUAGCAGAAGUUAAAUUAAAAUGUGUACCUAAUCCUGGACAGCCACAUUCUGUCUCUAUAUAUCUCAUGGAACCUAAAACUUGUGAAUAUAUUUUAGGGAUUGAGUCGCCACUGUUCUGUAGUAUACUGGAUCGUGCUGAUGAAAAUGGUAUAAUUAAAGAUAAAAUCAACGUGUAAGAAUACGCUGAACAUGGGGAAUAAUGUGAAUGAUUGAGACAACAAUAAAAACAGUAGGUCUAUAAUAUAGAUUAUAUUCAGGAACAGAGGAUUGCUUUGAUUAAUUAUUCUGGAUAACUCGUCUAGUUUGAAAAUCUUUGACCCCAGUGCAAAACCACAUUUUACAUUCAUUUUGAAAGUGAAGUUAGUGCACAAUCAACAGCUGUUCUCACAUGACCUGAAAAGUUGUGUGUCUCACAACGAAAUGACUUGGUUGAAAUACAACUCAAGUCCGACCAUAGUCUUGCCCUUGUGGAAGAACUUCAAUAAAAACAAGUGCCUUUAACUCCUCAGUUAUGUUUAAUCACCAUAUACAUAGCUUUAGCACUAAAUCAUGGUAGAUGUAACUUUGUCACCGAUGUGUGGAAGUAUGGAUGGAGCACAUUCACUGUCAGGGCCCUGGUUGAUAUGACCACGAUGUGUGGAUACGAUUUUUGUCAUGUUUCAUUUGCCUACAUAUUGUUUAAUAUUAGUCAGUGUUUAUACCUCUUGGCAAUGCCAAAAGUACAUUGAUCACAUCACAUCGUCUUUUCCUUAAGGCACUGCUAUACAGAAGCCAAAACCUAUUUGGAUAAGUCAUAUAUAAAUACCAAAACACACAGUGUAUAUAUUAAACUUAGAUGAUCAAUUCCUCUUUUUCGUUUGUAUCUAAUCAUACUAGCAUAUCUAAAAGCUUAAAAAUCUGUCUUGGAAAUAUGCUCUGAAUUUCUUGUUGUAUUUUCUGAAAAUGUUUUAUGUAGAAUUUUGUAGAAGCUCAGGUGACCUAUUCUAAUCACUUUCCGUCUGUCCG